AACUCUCCCUCCAAAAAUUUACUAUCAUUCUCUCUCUUCAAUUUUCCACACCAUUAUAUUUCUUUCUUCGCAUAACCACUUUUAUAGAACUUCAUAGUUCCUUCAAUUUCUCUCUUCUUCAACAUUCCCUCACUCUCUCCCCGGGUUCUUUCUCUGAUUUGAGUUUUUUGUUUUUUUUGUUUGGAGCGUGUACGAUGCCACAAGUUGAUCUGGAAACAUUAGUUUCGGCCUGCGCCGGCGGCUCAGAUCGGAAAAUCGCCUGCGAAACCCUCGCCAACGUAGAUCACCAGCCGGAGCAUUCAGAUCAACUGGAGGUCCCCCCGGAUGUCCCGCCUGAAUCGUUCUGGCUCUCCAAAGACGCCGAGCUCGAUUGGUUCAACCAGCACGCCUUCUACGAGAGGAAAGAUUCGAGCAAAGGAAACUCCAACUCGACGAACUUAAAUCCAAAUUUGAAUCCGAGCUCCAACUCCAGUUCCCAGCGGUAUUCUUCGAACUUGAAAUCUAAAGCAUCUAAAGCAUCGAUUAUCGGCUUACCGAAGCCUCAGAAGUCUUGUUACGUCGACCCGAAAAAUCGUCGGAUCUGCAAAACUGGGAACAUGCGGUUGUUUCCAAAGAGGUCCGGAUCGGUCGGGAAAUCGGAGGCUCCACUGGUUGAACCAUCGUCUCCAAAGGUAUCAUGUAUGGGAAGGGUAAGAUCGAAGAGAGACCGUAAUCGCAGAUUGAGGAAUCGGCAGCAGUCCUCUGAACCGGUCGUAGAAAAAGAAAAACCGUCUGUGAAACGGAAGACCGGGUUGUUCGCCAGUUUUCGGGCUAUUUUUCGGUCCGGUUACCGAGAAAAGACAGCUCAUACAAUCGCCGCGCCACGGGCUGAAUCGCCGCCGAGAAAGAGCGCGAUAAUUGGAGGGCGUCAUAGUACCGCUUCCGAUAUCGACGUGUCGUAUGCAGAGUCGCUUCCUAGAAAAAGCGUCUCGGAGAUUGAACCGCCAGGUUUGGGUGGAAUGAAGCGGUUCGCAUCUGGAAGGAAGUCCGACGGGUGGGCCGGAGAUGUGGCUUGAUCCGAUUCUUUGAAUCUCGCUAUCGUGCGGCGACGGCGACUUUUGUAGGCCCACGCAUGCAAGUUGGCGGUCGCGAUUGGCAGUCUCUGGUGGGCCCUAUUCUACUCUGGGGUCGUUGAAAUGACGUGGCACGUGAAAUAACGGGUUCCCUUCCCCCGCGUGAAAAGGUAAAUGGUUAUAGAUUUUCGUACACGUUUAUUUUCUUCUCUCUCUCCUUUUUUUCGCCAUUGUGUUUUGUAAAUAUACAUGAGUGUUCUGGAAUGAGCAUAUGGUAAUUUUCCGUUUUGAUA